CGAGAGUCCAGCUCACCGACGUGAUGCAACAGUGAAGAAUAUUGCAAAACAUCUGCCCUCUUCAACCUCACAGCACUGCGACGCUCCUUGGCCAGUGGAUUCCUUGCCGGUGUUUGGUGCACAAUGGAUUCAUUCAACCCUAACUCUACAGUGAUCUUUGACAUAUCUCUUGUGGUGUGCCAAAGGGAAUCUGCUGACUUUGCAUUCCAAGCAACGGUGGAACUGCUCACCAUGAUUGUGGGUUUUCCUGCCAAUGUGAUGGUGCUCUGGGUUUUACUGUGUAGGAAAUCUGCAGUCUCCUCAGCCGAGAUCUUCCUUCUCAACCUCGCUGUCAUGGACGCUUUAGUUUGUCUCAGUGCACCUCUUGGCACUCUUAAUUCCUUGCUGGAUGACUAUUCCAUUUUGAGAGCAACACAGUUCCAAUAUUUUAUUACCCUGGCCGGGAACCCCAUGUUCCUCUGUUGUAUUUGUGUGGAGCGCUACAUGGCUGUGCUGCACCCAGUCCAUUUCAUGCAUAUGAAGUCGCGCAGCUUCAGAGUGGAAAUCUGCACCCUGGCUUGGGCCUUCACUAUAGCAAUCCCUGUCUAUGAAGCCGCACAUCAGUUUGAGUCAUACUCGCAUUUACUGGCAGUCUACACUUCUGUCUUGCUCGUGGUCAUGGUCUUGUGUAACGUGUCUAUACUCUGGUCCCUGAUGCAGUCUGGCCCGGGGCGAGACGAGGUUCACCCCGUCAAGAAGAAAGCUUUCCAGACCGUUUUUACCACUUUCAUUAUUUCACUGCUGUUCUAUUUCCUGCCAGCAGUUUACCUUUUACAACGUUCUAUCGAGUUUAUCACUCUUCAAUGUUACGUCAUGCCGGUGUGUUCUUCCAUUGUCAUUCCAUUGCCAUUGUUCUAUCUGUACAACAUGGGGAGGUUGCCGUGUGUGCCGUUCCCGUGCUGUGCAAAGCCGAACCCAGUCCUUGAGCUCUGCUAAUCAUUGUCAUGUCAGUCGCCUCACUGAAAUCAUUUAAUACUAUAAAUACAGUAUUUCUGCGUUUUGAUUUAUCCCCAAACUUAGUUUACAGAUUAUUAAAACAUAGAUGGCUGGUUUCACAGAUCCCUCAUUAGCAAAUUUAAAUGAAAAAAAAAAACAUGACUGCUAUUAGUUAAAUUGGAAAUUGAUCAAACAUAUGUAUUUGCUCUAUCUUGUAUCUUAAUUUAGGACUGGAGACAAUUCCUGUAUAUUGUAACUUGCUCUAAACUAACUUUUUUAAUGUGAUAUUUUGUAAAAACAUAUUUUAUUAGAACACAUUUCCAAUAUCUUCUAUCUUCUCUAGUUUGUAUUUCACGCAACACAAUUCAUGUGUCAUAUUGUCGGAGAGAAUCUUUAAUUUGACACAUUUGUGUUUUUUUGCUGUG